AUGAAGGUCUUGAACAUCCUCUCGGCUGCACUUCUGGCCGCAGUCUUGCCAGUUGCCAUUGCCGGACCUAUGCCUGCAUACGAAACUGACGAUAUCGAGCAAACCCCUAACAAACGCUUUGUUGCUAUUCCAAAUCUCGUUCCCCGCGGGUGCAGCGGUGGUCCACGGAAGCUGUGUUGGCUGGAAGUCUGCCUAGAUCUCUUUAUUUCCGUUAGGAGAACUCGUGAUAGUGCUCCAUCUAGGUUUCCCCGAAUAUUAGACAAAUAUGUAAAGAAACAGGCUGAUGGACAAGUGGAAUCUUUCUAUACGCACAGCACCUAG